AUGCUUGAGGAGGCGCUGCCCCUUGCGGUGGGCGUGGGGGUCGCACUGUUGCCAUGCCUGGCGUUCGGCGGCCUCUCGGCGUUCCGCGCCUUUGCCAUCUUGGGCGGUGAGGACUCGGGGUUCUUCAAGGCCCUUGAGGAGGGUAAGACUGAGGAGGAGGCCCUGGCGGCGACCCAGGGCGCCCAGCCCACCAUCCACACGCCCUACGAGCCCAUCGCGCGCGUGGCCCCGGCCGCGCAGACCCCCGUGGUGGCGCACUCCGUCGUGGAGCGCCGCGCGGCGGCGCCGUCCUACGGCUUUGCGGCGCGCUACCUGCAGUGA